AUGUCUCGAUCUCAGCAUUCAGAUAGUCAAUAUCCAGCAUCUCAAUAUGCUGAGACUUUUAUUGAUCCAGAUAUCCUGCAAUCGGACGACUUCCUUGACUUCCCAAGCCAAGCAGGUCGUACAACCCCCUUUUCUGAUUACUCUCUCCCUCCUAUACGACACCGUUAUACUGUUCGCGCACCGGAAUCACUUCAACGUGUCGGCAAGCAUCUCCAAAAGCAUUGGAUCCUUUUUAACGACAACCUAACCGACCCUGAUAUGGAGAGUUCCCGGAAAGGAUUCGUUGAGUGGUGGCUAAAGACAGAAUUUGGUGAGAAGGAGGACUUACAGAAGUCAAUCCAAUGGCAAAGCAAGCAAAAGACAUCUAAUGUUUGGGACUGCUUUGAUCAAGUUGCACAUGAGAAGACUGGUGAGCCUAAGGUGAUGUGUAGGCGCUGCCAGGCUGUUCUUGUUCAUCCAAGUCAUCGUCGAGCAGGGACGUCUCCGAUGAAGAUACAUAUGAAAAGUAUUACAUGUGCGAAGCCUUCGGGCUCGAAGAAACAGGGCAUUGAUCAGCUUCUACAGAAUAUGGUCUGUCGUUCCCUCUGA